UAACGAUGCGAAAUAUCUUCAACAGUAUAUAAAUUCAAACUUGUUUUCCAUAAUUGCCACAAUCACGAGGGGCGCGCGCACACACACACGCAGAUAGGCGAAGAAGCCACCACCAUCGUCGCGAUUCGCGUGCGAAGAUCCACAGUAUAGUGAGAACAAGGACUCAAUCGAACGCGAAUCGUGGUCAUCGAAACUCGAAUUACAGAAAGCAUGGGGAGUUUGGGAGCGAUUCUGAAGCAUCCAGAUGACUUCUACCCGCUGAUGAAGCUGAAAAUGGCGGCGAGAAACGCUGAAAAGCAGAUCCCGCCGGAGCCACACUGGGCCUUCUGCUACACUAUGCUCCACAAGGUUUCUCGAAGCUUCGCAUUCGUCAUUCAGCAACUCGGUACCGAACUUCGCAACGCCGUUUGCAUAUUCUAUUUGGUUCUUCGAGCGCUCGACACCGUUGAGGAUGAUACUAGCAUAGCUACAGAUGUUAAGGUGCCAAUACUGAUAGCUUUUCAUAGUCAUGUUUACGAUCGUGAUUGGCACUUUUCAUGUGGCACAAAGGAGUACAAAGUUUUAAUGGACCAGUUUCAUCACGUUUCAACUGCUUUUCUGGAACUUGGAAAGAACUAUCAGGAAGCAAUUGAGGACAUUGCCAAAAGAAUGGGUGCUGGAAUGGCCAAAUUUAUUUGCAAGGAGGUAGAAACAAUUGAUGACUACGAUGAAUAUUGUCACUACGUGGCAGGACUUGUUGGACUGGGUUUAUCAAAACUUUUCCAUGCCUCUGGUUCAGAAGAUCUGGCAUCAGAUUCCCUUUCCAAUUCAAUGGGCUUGUUUCUUCAGAAAACAAACAUUAUUCGAGAUUAUCUGGAAGACAUCAAUGAGAUCCCCAAGUCACGCAUGUUUUGGCCACGGCAGAUUUGGAGUAAAUAUGUUAACAAACUUGAGGAUUUGAAAUCUGAGGAGAACUCUGUUAAGGCAGUGCAAUGCUUAAAUGACAUGGUCACUAAUGCUCUGAUGCAUGGUGAAGAUUGUUUAAAAUACAUGUCUGCUUUACGAGACUUGGCAAUAUUUCGCUUUUGUGCUAUACCCCAGAUUAUGGCAAUUGGAACACUUGCAUUGUGCUACAACAACAUUGAGGUCUUCAGAGGUGUAGUUAAAAUGAGGCGCGGUUUAACUGCCAAAGUGAUUGACCGAACAAAGACAAUGGCUGAUGUCUAUGGUGCUUUCUUUGAUUUUGCUUCUAUGUUGGAGUCCAAGGUUGACAAAAAUGAUCCCAAUGCAACAAAAACAUUGAGCAGGCUUGAAGCGAUACAGAAAACUUGCAGAGAAUCUGGUCUCUUGAGUAAAAGGAAAUCUUACAUUCUGAAGAAUGAAAAUGGAUAUGGCUCAACCAUGAUUGUCAUACUGAUCAUCUUGAUUUCCAUCACUUUUGCUUAUCUGUCUGCUAACCACCAUAAUAAAUAUAACUAGCCAUGCCUUUCUGAACAUGGAUAGCGAUGAUCUCUGAAGCACAAGUACUCCAAAAUAAUACACGUACACCGUUGGGUACUCGUGAGUAUGUACCAAAAUAUUUUGAAAAAAAAAAAGAGUAAGUAAAUACCUAAUUUGGGUCCAUUUCAGUACUUUUUAGUAUGUAUCUAGCCUGUAUUCGAGAGUUAAAAGCCUUUGUUUUUCACCAAGGAUAAACAAAAAUUGAGGAGAUUGAAACAAUUAAGGUGUCCAUGGAAUUUGAAUUUGAAUUUGCACGCUUGCAAGGAAUUUUAUGAUGACUGCAGUUGACAAUCGUGUAUUUUAAUUGGAAAAGUAGUCGUAGUGACGGUAGCUUCCUGUGUAGGGUUUUACCCUACCCCUACGUUCAUUCCGGAAAUUAUCAUUAUUAUGCGUGUUAUAGGAUGAUGAUUGUAUUGACGGAUAAAGUUGGAAUA